AAGAAGAUGAAAAGAAAAAGGAAAGAAGGGUACUUUGGUAAUUUGAUUACUCAUUUAAAUAAACAAUAAAAUUUUGCAGAAAAUUCCAGAGAGAUUGAGAUUCCCGAGAGACAUAGUUUAAUGAUCGAAUUGAAUCAUUCACGGCUCUCCAGAAACAAAAUCUAUGGAGGCAACCAGGAAUCCUAAAUCGAUUUACAACGAAAGCAGUAAGAUCCCCAUCUACUUCUUUCCUUUUCCUGUGUAAAUUUCUCUUUGAAAUCUCUCAAUUUAUCCUGCUUGAAGUAGUUAAAUCGACUCUGAAACAACCUAGUUCCUGUUUCUUUUUUCUGUAUUGAAAUGAUGGAUAUUUGAAAAGCAUUGGGUCUUUUAGAUCUGGGUUUUUCUGAUCAGGCAGUUUCAAAAAUUAUUGGUGUCAUGUUUUGAACUAAAAAAAAAGUGAUCUUGAUGAAGUGUUGUGGGGUUAUGAAUUUUAUCUGGGUUGUAAUGAUGGGUUUUGCUCCUUUGAUUGAAUAAAGUAAAAAAGAGAGAGUUGAAGGUGAUUUAUAUAUUAGUUAGUAGAGAUGGGGAAGCCAUUAUUUUAUGAGAUAUUGGAAAAACCAGCAACAAGUUGUAUGAUAGGAAUAUGUAGUGCAAUAUGGUUUUACAUACAGAAGAAAAACAUUGGUUAUCAGCAUGUGGGUUUAAGCUAUGAAACUGCGGCUGAAGGGCACCAUUGGAGGAUAAUUACUUCAGCUUUUUCACAUAUAAGUGUUAUUCAUCUUGUUUUCAAUAUGAGCGCCCUUUGGAGUCUUGGGGUUGUAGAACAAUUAGGGCAUUUGGGUCUUGGAAUGGCGUAUUAUCUUCAGUAUACACUUGUUUUGGUUGUAUUAUCGGGGUUGCUUGUGUUGGGAAUGUACCAUUUCUUAAUUCAGCGGUUUAAGGUUGAGUAUUUCCGGCGAGUGACUGCUGUUGGGUAUUCUUGUGUUGUUUUUGGUUGGAUGACGAUUUUGUCUGUGAAGCAACCUUCAUCAAAGUUGGAUCUUUUUGGAUUCCUUUCACUUCCUAUUAGUUUUGCACCUUUUGAGUCAUUGAUUUUUACUUCAAUCAUUGUUCCACAGGCAAGUUUUCUCGGACAUUUAUCUGGAAUUAUUGUGGGGUAUGCUAUAGCUUGGGGUUUGAUUCAUGGGAUGACUAAUUAUUGGGCAGUUUCUAUGCUGGGAUGGAUUGCGGUUGCUUUUGUAUUCAGUUUGAAGCGUUCCGGUGCAUAUGAUUUCAAUUUUCUCGAGAUUGAAUCUGUUACAGAUCCUUCAUUGCGUUCUGUGCGGUUUAUAGGAAAUGCUAGAACCUUGCAGAUGAGUACAAUUCCAGUUGAAGGUGUUGAAAUUGUCUAGUUCCUUUGUUAUAAUGAUGCCAAUAUAUUUACGAUGUCAGUCUGGACUAUUGAGUCACCCCUUGACAAUACUUUGUGAUUUGCUUUGUCGGGCCAUACAGUAAUUUGGAAUUUGGAACAACUGGGAUAUUCUUGAUCAUUAGAUGUUUCUGAUCCGUUGCUUUGCUGUGCUGCAAUCACAAAUGUCCCCAGGUGGCCAGGUCUACUUUUAAACUUAGAAAGAUGUUAGAUAAAUUUCUUCACUGCCUGUUGUGGGUUGCAAGUUACUGAUCAUCAUUGCUCACUUAUGCAUCAUUAUUGUUCUUUACCUGGUAGCAUAAACCUUAAAUAGUUUCUAGAUUGUUCUACCAUUCUUUUGGGAAAUGGUGAAAAAAUUUGUUUAUGAUGUUGAAAGUUCAAAUUCAUCGAAAUUUAUAUAACUAUUGAGUAACUUGAUGAA